GUGGGCGCGGAACUAGACCUUGAGUCCCGAGUCAGUUAUGUGGGUGCGGGGCGAGCCUUGGCUAGUGGCUUAACCUUUCUGUGCUUCCGCCUUCCACCCCUGCGAAAUCGGCGGAAUGACGCCGCCGCUCAAUCUUGUAGGCCUUGUGUGAAACUGAAAAGCUCUUGCAACAGUGCGUGGCUCCUGAAUGUGAUCUGGCGUUAUUACAGUUAACGUUUUGUAGUGGACAGUGCUGGGCCACUAAACUAUCUCCUUUAAUCUUUCCAGUCUCUUUUUUUCUACGCAUCCCAUUUACAGGUGACAUAAUAGAGGCUCAGGGAGGGAAGGUCAUUUGUCACAGCAGGAACAAGAGAGACAGACUUUGAACACUUGGCGGUGCCAGGUGUGAUGCUUGGGCUGGGUUUGUUUUGUUUGUGCUUUCGGCCCAUGUUUAUUGUUCCAGUGCAAAUUGAAGUUAAAUAGGCCGACUGAAAUCGGUUGGGUUUUCUCCACCCUGCGUUAUCCUGAGAGUCCCAUUAGUCUCUCCGACGUUUUGGGGGGAAGGGGGGUGGUACCAGAGGCUGGCACAGGUGCAAUGAACUCCCCCCCACAUUGUUUGACUCCAGAGCCCUAGCUCUGACCCCAUAGGGAAUCUUUGCUCUGUCCCUUGCCAGCUCUGAGACUUGCCAGGGGUGACGUUUUCAAACCUUCAGGUCCUUGUCUGGAAAACAAGGAUAAAGCAGGCCAACGGUGAGUUGGUUGUAGGAUUGGGAGGAUUUUGCGAAGGAGCAGAGCUUCCGGCACCUAGUGAGCAUUUGUGAGGUUGCCUCUCCCCACUGUGGCCCAGCACCGACUUGGGGUCCUCAGAGCCUGCCACACAGGAGGUGGCUGCCGUGAGCUGAACAGGUCAUUUUGUGACCAGUGGGGCUUGUGUCCUGAUGUCAGCAGGGGUUACAGCACCAGGCCCCUGCCCUGCCCCGCCCCUCAAUGUGCAACUUCCUAGUUGCUGGUCUCUGUUCGUGGCAUUCCCCCUUGCCCAGACUGGACACCUGGGAGGCAUCGCUGACUCUCCUGAUUCAAUGUUCACUCUCCCCCAUGACAUCAGGCUUCAUUCUUUCUUUCCUUAAAUAGAGAUGAAAGGCACAUAACAUCAAAUUAACCAUUUCAAAGCAAGCGAUUUAAUGGCCUGAAGACCUUCACGAGGUGCAGCCACCAACUCUGUCUAGUUCUAGAAGUUUUCACCAGCCCAGAAGGAAACUUUGUAUGUAUUUGCAGUCACUCCCCGUUCUUCCUGCAGCCUGCUGCCCCUGACAACCACCAAUCAGCUUUCUGUCUCACUCGCCUGUUCUGGACUUUUCAGAUGGAAUCAUACAAAAUGUUGCCUUAUGUGCCUGGCUUCUUUCACUUUUAAAAGGAAGCCUUCCUCAGGGGGCCCCGGUACUCCUAGUGGCGCAAAGAUGAAAGGAAGCAGAACACAAGGUGGAAGAGUAGUUGAGUCCCGAUACCUGCAGUACGAGAAGAAAACCACCAAAAAGGCUUCUGCAGCAGAUGCAUUAAAGACCAGUGGGAAGAUGCCUGAAGGUGCAAGGAGAGUCCACCUGCUCCAGAAGAGCAAAGACAGCAGUGGCAUUGGGAAAGGAGACCUGCAGUCCACGUUGCUGGAAGGGCACGGCACCGCCCCGCCUGACCUGGACCUCUCGGCCAUCAACGACAAAAGCAUGGUUAGAAAGACUCCGCAGUUAGAAAAAACGAUGUCAAAGAAAACCGAGUCGACGUCCUUUUCGGCUUCACAGAAGAAGAGCCCAAGCCCGUCUGAGUCGAUGGAAAUGAUGGAAUCCCAAACGUUGCUCCUGACUCUACUGGCCGUAAAGAUGGAGAACAACCUGGUUCCAUUCGAAGAAAAGGCAGAAAGGAACUUACUACUAAUGUGCAAAGAGAGGGAGAAGCUGCAGAAAAAGGCCCACGAGCUGAAGCGCAAACUUCUCCUCUGUCAGAGGAAGCGGGAGCUGGCAGACAUCCUAGACGCUCAGAUUGAGAUGCUCAGCCCCUAUGAGGCUGUGGCCGAGCGCUUUAAGGAGCAGUACAAGACGUUCGCGACGGCCCUGGACACCACGAGGCAUGAACUUCCGGUGAAAUCAAUCCACCUGGACGGGGACGGGCAGCAGUUCUUAGACAGUUUGCAGCGUGAAUUGACGACCACAUGCCACCUGCUGGGAGAACUUGGGAUCGGCAGUUUAGAAGAAAAUUUGAAAGCUCUGAACCUGCUGAGCGAACUCAAGGAAAUGACCCAAAAGAAGGAUCUAGAGCUCCGAAGGAGCUUUGCCCAGGUGCUGGAACUCUCUGCCGAGGCAAGUAAAGAGGCGGCCUUGAUCAACCAGGAGGCCUGGGAAGAGACCCAGGGCCUCACGGCCUCCAGCCAGUGGUAUUUCAAUCAAGAAGGCGCCUGCGGGGAAACCCCGGGACACGUCAGGCCUCCGCUCUUGCUGGCCACUAGUGAGCCGCGCACGGUGUGAAUCUGUGUGCGGCCGUGUCCCCUGACACAGCUGGGGACCUCUGCAGACCGUCGGGAAGGAAGCCCGUCCCCUGCCACUGGCUCAGGGCACACGUGUGCUGUGGUGGCACAUGUGUGAUGCUCUGGGAGCUCAAGCACUUUAGACGCUAAUUCAGCAGAGUAGCUGUUUUGUAUGAGCAUAUCGCCUGAUAUUGAAAAAAUAAAACUUUUGCAAUCGCG